UGUUGAUUACAUGGAGGAAUGGUCAAAAACAAGGAGAGGGGGACAGAUGGGAACAGAGCGCCGCGGGAAUCUGUGGGAAUAUCAACGUGGAACAGUCCUCCUCCGCAGGCAGUUUCAGUAUGAACGAUAAUCAGUACCAGGCCAGUCCCAUCUAUGACAACAGAGGCUUUCAACAUGAGGAAAGAAGACCCCCAUCAGAAGGCCCCCAACAGGGUCUCUACCCGUGCCUUCCACAAGAGAUCCCCAGCUAUGUUGCCGUUACUCCUAACACCAUCAACACCCACCACUCUGCCCCCCCCGCAGCAGCACCUGAGCCCGCACAGAGGAAAGGACAACAGAAGUGUCCCUGGAAGUGGGUCCUGCGUGGCUGUCUGUGUGGGCUCCUCCUCCUGGCCCUCGCCGGCAUCCUGCUCUGGUACUUCUUAUACUACCAGUGUUUACUGGGGAAGUCCUGCAGAAGUGGUGGAAGGUGUUUGAGCCCCUCCCAGUGGUGUGAUGGUGUACAGGACUGUUCUCAUGGAGAGGAUGAGUCUCACUGCUUUCGUCUCCAUGGGACUAACCUCCUGCUGGAGGGUUACUCCCCUGAGAGCCGCAGGUGGAUGCUGGUGUGUGCUGAAUCCUGGGACAACAACUACGGGAGAGCUGUGUGUGAGCAUAUUGGCUACAACAGGCAGGACUAUGUGUCCUACACUCAAACCAGCGCAGGUUCUCUGUCCUCCAGAGGAUACAUGAAGCUGCUGCCUGGAAGUAAAUAUGGAGCACCUAUACACUCACAGCUCACUGUCAGCUCAUAUUGCACAGCCAGAGUCAAACUUCAAUGCAUUGAAUGUGGAGUGAGUUCUGCCGACCCCAGUACUCGUAUUGUGGGGGGGACAGAGGCAGUGAACGGGGCCUGGCCGUGGCAGGUCAGUCUGCAGAUCAAUGGUUAUCACCUCUGUGGAGGCUCCAUCAUCAGCCCGUACUGGAUCCUCUCUGCUGCCCACUGCUUCCAAAGGUACUCCAAUCCUGGGGAGUGGUUGGUAUACUCUGGUGAUGUCAGCCUCUAUCAGAUGCACUUUGGCUCUGGCAAAACAGUUGACAAAAUUAUAAGCCAUGAGAAAUUCAACACAAAAACGAAUGACAAUGACAUUGCUCUGCUAAAGCUUGUCAGACCCCUGUCAUUUACAAGAACCGUGAAGCCAGUGUGUCUCCCCAACGUUGGCGUGGACCUCUCCGAACAUCCAGCCUGGAUCACAGGGUGGGGAGCCUUGAGAUCAUCUGGGCCCACCCCUGACAGACUGAACCAGGCCCAGGUCACCAUCUACAGCAGAGAGAACUGUAACAGGCCCCAGGUGUUGGAGGGACAAAUCACUCGGACCAUGAUCUGUGCCGGAAAACUGCAGGGAGGAGUGGACACAUGUCAGGGGGACAGUGGGGGGCCCCUGGUGGUCAAGGAAGCCAAUGUAUGGUGGCUGGUGGGGGACACUAGCUGGGGGAUUGGAUGUGCUUGGAGGAACAAACCGGGAGUCUACGGAAACGUUUCCUACUUCAUCAACUGGGUAUAUGAGCAAAUGCAGAAUGAGUGACUGAUUUCUCUGAAGAGGAGCUUCUGUCAAUAAUCAACGUUACUUACUUCAUCACACACUUUGCACUUUAAAUCUCAGAGGACUUAUUGAUCAGGAAGAAUUUUGUAAAAAGAAAAACGAAGGAUUGUACAAAUGAACAGAUCUAUAGUUUCAUUCUUUUAUAAAUGUGUUAAAAGUACAAAUUGAAUGCUUGCAUUUGAACAACAAUCCAGUUAUUUACAUGUUGUAAUAAAACACAUUUUGCAUAAAGAGCUGAGUUUAAUUUGACU